UAAACACUCAGUUUGCAACAAACAUUUGGCGUGAUCGGAACUUAAUAAAAGUUUCAAUAAAAUAAAAAAAUAAUAAAAUAAAUAAAGCUGUGAGAAAGUUUUUGUGCAAAUAGUUCUCAAAUAAGUCAAUAGAAGAUGCCUGAAGAAACGAAAGUAUUCCUUGAAACACCUGCAAUUCCAAUUUCGGGAAAGAAGCAAGCUAAUUCUUUCUCAGCUUCAAGUGAUUCACCAAGAACUUCAUCGCCGACCUUGGGAGAACACUACUCAUAUGAUACAAUUGAAGAGAUCUCGAAUUACCUUCUAAGCCGAACUCACAUUCGACCAAAAAUUGGAAUCAUUUGUGGUUCUGGAUUAGGACAUUUGGGUGAAACUUUGUCUGAUGCUACCUAUUUCCCAUACGAAGAUAUUCCACAUUUCCCACUUUCAACAGUUGUUGGUCAUGCUGGUCGUAUGGUUCUUGGAACAUUAAAUGGUGUUGAAGUUAUGGUAAUGCAAGGAAGAUUCCACUUUUAUGAAGGAUAUCCAUUAACAAAAUGUUCGAUGCCUGUUAGAGUAAUGAAAGUUUGUGGAUGCACUCAUUUAAUAACUACAAAUGCUGCUGGUGGACUUCAUGAUUCGUAUCAAAUUGGCGAUAUAAUGAUUGUCAAGGAUCAUAUCAAUAUUAUGGGAUUUGCAGGCAAUAAUCCACUUCAAGGUCCAAAUGAUCCAAGAUUUGGACCACGUUUUCCACCAAUGAAUCGUGCCUAUGAUCCAGAACUAAUUAAAAUAGCUGAAAAUUUGGCAAAUGAUAUGGGAAUCAAAGAUGAAACUCACACCGGAGUCUACAUUUGUUUAGGCGGUCCAAGUUACGAAACUGUUUCAGAGCUGAGAAUGUGGAGAAUGCUAGGAGUCGAUGCCGUUGGAAUGUCAACAGUCCAUGAAGUAAUUACAGCUCGUCAUUGUGAUCUUAAAGUGUUUGCAUUCUCGCUUAUAACAAAUAAAUGUAUAACAGAUUAUGAUUCAAAUGGGGAAGCUAAUCACGCAGAGGUGAUUUCUGCCGGAGCUAAGCGUCAAGAUGUCCUAGCAACUUUCGUAACACGAAUGGUCGAGAAGAUCAAUGAAAUGCUAUAAACUAAAAUGAUAAUGAAUGGAACCAUAAACGCAUUUAAUUAGCCUAAGUUUUAUGUAAAUAUUUCAUUGAGUACUUAUGUUUUGUUAUUGAAUGGAUCAUACUAGUAAUUAUAAGAAGAUGCUUCUGAAAAUAUGAAAUAAAAUGAUUUCAUUUAAUGUGUCAGUAAAUUGUUUAUUUUAUGAA